CCGAGAAGUUGCAGUAGAGUAUAUUGACGAAGAAUUAUUUCAAAAUAAGGAUCACGCUACACAAGAUGCCAGUUUCCAAGCUCCAUCUGCUCCUACUGACUCUGAUAAUCCAUAUCAAGGAAUAUGCCUUGAUGAGGUAAGGUUUUGGAUAAGUUGUCUUAAAAUAUGCAUUCUGUACUAACUAACGAUACCAUUUCAGAUAAUUGAUAUCGACUGCGUUCUCCAGAUGACAGAAAAUGGUCUUGCAAUCAUGGAGGUCCUUAAAGAACAGACCAAGCCUAAGGAGACGAUGAUUAAGCAGAUCUGUAACAUACUUUGUGACUGUUUGAAAGCACUAUACGGUUGCCGUCCAAGCAAUUUUUAUAAAAAUCAAAUAGCUGUGUCCCUGGUACGGUCUUAUCCUACACUGGCAGCUAACUCCUCUGACACUCCGCAGGCUUUAUGGUUCCAUCCCCAUGCCCGAGGUACACAUCGUCACGCAGGCCGGAUCCAUUACAGGAUGGAGUACCUUGCUAGGACAUCCGUUGACCGAGCAUCAAAGCGUCAUCCUCGCAUAGUAAAAUCUCAAGAAGCAGUUCAUGAAAGCAAUCUGGAGACCGAAAUCAAUUUGGUUGAAGCCGAAGGUGAGCUACGAUUCAUUGUACCAAACCAGCAGACAAAAUCCCAUGUGAUCGAUCUAUGGAACAAAACGUUUGAGAGACGACAGAAAUACCGGUUCGAGGAAAACUUUUUUUCGUUUGCAAAAGAUUGUCUUGUUAUAACGGCCUACGAUGGAGAUUUGGAUUAUGAUCAAAUCCGUAUUGAUUUUCAAAAACUCAAACCGACAGCGAAACCGUUUAUGGAAAACUGGAAUACGGUGGAACCAAAAGUGAUUAUGAAUAAUCGUGAACUCUACAUGGAACUCAAAAAUUAUUUCGUUCGUGCGCUGGCAAUUAUCCGCAUGAAGAAUCCGUCUCGUGGGUCUAAAAGAGUAAGAGAUGAAGAAGCAAGUCGGAAGAAUCCCUUGAGAGGAAUUAUACAGUGGAUUAAUGCUGAAGACGAUUUCCCAUCACAUGGUGAUCAAAAAUGCGUGCCAAUUUUGUAUGCUAGAGGUACAUUGCUGGAGGAAUCAACCGAUUGUGCGAUUGUUUGGGGGAACAUUGUUUUUCCUCUCCAAUUGGAUAUAAAAUCAUCAUUUUCAGUCCUGUUGGAGUCGUUCUAUGUUUUCAAUGUUUCUCCAGCACCUUGUGACAAACAAUUUUAUUUAUUUAUGGUCGGAGCAGUAAUGGGCGUGGGACAAUUAAGUACAACAGGAAUGAAGUUCUUACAUGCGGUGACUUAA